AUGAAACGCUUUGCGCUUCUCAGUGCAGGUUUACUUGCCCAGGCUCUCGCAUUGCCCAAAGGGUUUCGAGAAGUCCACGAGCCGAAUGUGUUCCACCGUGCUAAACGACAAGAGGCACAAAAAGGCUCUCCUCCCGAUUUCGCCACUGUGAACACUCCAACACAGGAUCCUGUCGGACCAGAUGGCGCAAAGGGCUCACUUCGCGGCCCAGCGAGUCUUGCAGGCUAUAACUCAGCAUACCAGGUGGACACAUCACUUCCUGCUACUGUGCCCGAAGAUCAAUACAAGCUCGCACCUGGGCAGGAUCAAGACGCAGACCUUGGCCUGUAUCUAGACCUGGCUUCAGUAGAAAACCCGCAGCCUAUUCGAGGAGGCACCAACGCACCUACUGAUCCUGGCCCACGGAAUCGCCUGCUCGACCAACAGAACUCCGACCUGUACGCGCCACCUGGGACUGAUUCUGGAGAUGUCCCCAACGCGAAAUGGCCCCUUUCACUUUCACAUAAUCGACAUGGUCUGAAUGGUGCAGGAUGGGCACGCCAACAAAAUGUCGAUAAUCUGCCAAUCGCAACAGCCAUGGCUGGUGUUGACAUGCAUCUUGAACCCAACGCGUAUCGAGAACUUCACUGGCAUCAAGCUGACGAGUGGAGUCUCAUCCUUAACGGAUCUUGCCGCAUAUCAGCCGUCAACGAAGCAGGAGAGACAUUCGUCGACGAUGUCGAAGCCGGCGAUGUAUGGUUCUUCCCAGCCGGCGUUCCACAUAGUAUCCAAGCCUUCGGAGACGGCGUAGAGUUUCUACUCGUCUUCGACAGUGGCGAGUUCAGCGAAGAUGGAACUUUCCUCGUCUCGGAACUUUUCGAACGAAAUCCAAAAUCUGUUUUGGCCAAAGAUCUCCGAGUCGAUACCUCAGCACUCGACAAUAUUCCAGAAGGACAAUUGUACAUUCUUCCAGGCACGCCAGCACCCAAGAAUAUCUCUGAGCAGAAUGUCACCGGUCCAGCGGGCUCAAUUCCAAUCGAACGCACCUACUCGUAUCACUUCUCCAAACAAGAGCCAUACGAAGUCCCAGGCGGUAGCGUCAAGCUACUCGAUUCCAACACGUUCCCUGUUGCCAAAGACUUUGCUGUUGCUCUCUUCACAAUCAAGCCUGGUGCGAUGAGAGAGUUGCACUGGCACACCACCUCGGAUGAAUGGACUUACUUCAUCAGCGGACAAGGUCGGCUGACUGUCUACGCUGCUCCUGCAAGCUCAAGAACUUUCGACUUCCAAGCUGGAGACACUGGCUACGUCCCCGUCACAGCUGCACACUACCUAGAAAACACGGGAAGCGAGGAUAUGGUCUAUCUUGAGGUCCUACAAGCACCUACGUACAACGAUAUUUCUGUCGCUCAAUGGCUCGGCUUGACACCGAAGCAGGUCGUCAAAGACCACUUGGGAUUCUCCGAUGAUACAUUGAAUCGCUUGCCAAAGAUUAAGCCUUUCAUUCUGCCUGGUGAUCCUAACUUGCAGCAGACCAACUUCACAAGUGAGGCCGAGUAG